UAAUGCAAGAAAAUGCAAUUUAUAAUUUACAAUUCCUAAGCUCCCAAAGCUUUUGAACUCAAUAUCCGAACUAACCGGAAGUCUUUCUAUUUAAACUUCUGCAGAGUUCUGCUGUCUCCAAUAAUUAAUUCUCCGUUGACCCCUUUGGCGACUUCUCUGCAUUAUCUCAUCUCUAGAUGCACCUCCUUAAAUCACUGCCCCAGGUCGAGUAUAAGUUGACCCUCUUUUCUGACGAGUCCUCCUCUUAAUAUUUCGUUAAAACCUCUACGUGCCAAGAUGUUGCUACCGCCCUCUCCAUUUUUCUGUCCAUCCUCUUCCCACUUCCUACCUUCUUCCUACUUGGGCUUGUUGGGUCUCUCACUCGGGAUUGUCCACACCGCUCACUAGUUGUAGUUGUGAAAUUCUCGGUCGUAGACGCGUGGUGGAUGCAUUUGCCAGGCAGUUGCCCACCUAGCGACACUGCCGAGGGCAUUUUACCCCGUUUCAGGGGACACUUCCGGCCUUUGUGAGCGAAAUUUCAUUCGAAUAGUUCGUGAUUAAGUGAUAGUAUUCGAGACCAAAAAGUGAAAAAAAUCUCUCCAAUUUAUUCCGCUGUUCCCACAUCUGUGAGUCCUUCAGUUAGGCACGAUGGAAGACGCUGACGAGAUGGGUACAAAAGUAGAAUUAUACGUCUACGACCUGACCAAGGGAAUGGCAGCAAUGAUGUCGCAGAUUCUCAUAGGUCGUCACCUGGACGGUGUUUGGCAUACAGCAAUAGUCGCCUACGGUCGCGAGUACUUCUUCGGCCCCUCGGGAAUUCAGAGUGUCAGACCCGGUGGAACUGUCCUCGGGGAACCAGAGCGAGUUGAGAAGCUUGGCGAUACAUUUCUCCCGUACUCAGUGUUUUUGGAGUAUAUUAACGGACUCGGUACAUCUAAAUUCGUAACUGGCUCGUACCAUCUUUUACGGCUGAAUUGCAACAGUUUCUCUGACGAGGUGAGCAGUUUCCUCGUGGGCAGUGGUAUUCCAAAAUACAUUUUGGAUUUGCCAGAGGAAAUUCUCAAGACACCCGUGGGACAGGCAUUGGCACCACUCAUAGAAUCCCUGGCGAGUCAAUCCAGCGCGGGUUUUACGGUUGGACAGAGAUUCGUCGAACCUAGGAUACAGCGCGAAGCAUCCCCUGAGUACCAGUUGCUCAAUAGUGAAAUUGAAGAGGCGAGAUUAAAUUCAAUUGCUUUAGAGGAGAGGCGAAACGUACUGAACGAGAAAUUAGCUAAGAAGGAACGCAAGAAGAAAAAGAAGAAGAAGGAGAAGAGGGACAAGGCGUUGAGGGAGCAGAGUGGUAGCGAGAGUAAUAGUACAGGCCCUAGUAAUUGUGCAGCCAUGGCAGAUAGUGAGGUAGCCGAAAUGCAACCAACGAAUGGUGACUUGGGAGCAGAAAUGUUGCCCUCAGAGCGAGCUCUAGAGAUGGAAGCAGCAGAGAGGCGAGAGAUAGAGGAGAGAAAACGUCAGAGGGAUCCCCCAAUUGUAUUCAAAGAUCUACUGGACGUUGCUGCUGAAUUCGAGGCUCUUGUUGGUUUGUUGGAAGGCAAAUUGAAUGAAACUGAACAGACCAAUCUUGAGGAGCUGCGCCAGUACGUCCUGGAGAACGAAGGCUCCUGGGCGUUGGGGGAUAAUUUCCUCAAUUUUGUCGGACGAAUCCUUUACGAUAAAUCACUGGAGAGUGCUGCAAGGGUGAGGCUACUGAACAUCCUCAGUGCUGCAGCUCUGAAAGACGAUGUAAUUCUCCUGCUGCAUCAGGACAGGAGGGAACAUAUAAUAAUGAACUUCGCGUAUGAUAUCGAUCGUCAUCCAGUGGAAGAGCAACUUCCUCUUGCACAAUUCAUGGCAAAUAUGUUCGAGAACCUCAGCAGUUCCGAAUGGCUCCUCUACAUCUCCGAAUGGCAACACAACAACCAAGGAAUCAGUAACAUCAGAGUAACGACUAAAGUUUCAGUGCACUCGCUCCUCUCGGAAUGCCCCGACCUCCAGGCGCGUGGCAUCGCGAUAAUCCACAACCUCGCCUGCAAGGAGAAAAUGAACAAAAACAAAGCCCUCCGGCAACUAUUACCCAAAGGCAGCGCUUCUAAGGUGUUUGACGAUGUGGCAGUGGAACUGACAAUGGCCCUUCUGCAGUACUUCAACGGCAGUCCCUCAGAGGAGCAGCUCUUCGCCUGCAUGAAGGCACUGGCCCGUUUCACCCAGAUCAGCGGACAAGAAGUGCCCCAGCUCAUACAAAUGAUUGGACCUGAACCCAAUAAAUUCCGAGAGACAUCGCAACGGGUCGAUGAAAUGAUCGACCAAGUCAACAAAAAACUUCGCUGAUUUAUUCUCGUGAAUCAGUUUUUUUAUAGGAUUUUUAUUCAUUAUUUAUUGAAUAACGAGCGAACUGGCUCACGAUCAUUUUUGAUGUUUUGACAUUUUUUAAUUCUGAUUUUUACGUCCGAGAAAUUCAAAAUUUUGGGUGAACGAAGGUGUUUGGGAAUAAUCUCGUGUGACUUUGCCGAUGCCACGUGCACAUUUGAAUAUUUGAUGUUGUAAUCGAUCGUUAUGAAUAAUGUACAGAGGAUAUAACAAUUUUAUGGUAAUAUAUUAUUUGUUAGAAAUAAAUAUCUGAGAGUAGAA